AUGCAAUUCUCCAAGCUUCUCAGUGUCGCCGUCGGUCUUUUGGCCACAGCAGAAGCCAUCUCCGUUCAAAAGCCUCGCAUUGCUGCCCGUGGUUCCCAACAGAAAUACGAUUUGAAGCUUAAUACCGUCCAUGCUGCUGUCCCUAGUUCUAAUGCUAUUAAGAACAUGAUUAUCGAGGGCAUCGUUACCAGAUCUGCUGUUGACAAGAGUAAUGGAACUGUCGUUUAUGAUGAUUCCAUUUCCUUCACCUUCAUCGACCCCAACAGCAAUACUUCCACAGCCUGCAACGAUGAUUUUCUGGGCUCACCUCAAACCACUCAAUUCCCUACCGGAUGGGUUCCCUGCAAUAACAACGGCAACUUGAUGGAUGAUUUCUACUGGCAAUUUACUGAAUAUACAUCCCUUACUCAAUUCAGUAUUGAGUUGAUUCAUGGUUUCGUUGGCGCCAACAAUGCAGGAGAAGUUCUCAGAUCCGCAGAUACACCCAUCACCCUCAUCUGCGCCGAUGUAAACCAUGUCGAUGGAUGUUAUUCCAACCAAACCAUUUCAAUUCCCGUCGCCACCGCUACCGCAUAG